AUGCUACUUGGAUGCAGCAUAAUAGAAAAUCCGGAAUAUCAAAGGAUGGCUGACUCCGGGACGGGUGACUCCACUAAUCCAAGAGUCCCAAACCCCAGUGGAAGUGGGAUGGGUCUUCUUGCGGGCCGCAGAACAUCUGCGGGCCUUUCACCUGGACGAAUGCCCUCUAUACGCUCUCGAGAUUUGACUUUGGGUGGUGUGAAAAAGAAAACAUUUGCCCCCAACAUUAUUGGACGUAAAGCCAAAGAAGAAACUAAAGGAACCGAGGGAGCACAGCGGCGAGAGAGGAGGGAAGACCGAGGCCGAGGCCGAGGCGAUCGAGGCAGAGGCAGAGGUCGAGGAGCUGAUCUCAUUCAGUCCCACUCCAUCUUUGAGCAAGCCCCUGCUGAGACGUUGCUAAAAAAGAAAGGUGUUUACGAGAGUGAAAGAGAAGCCCCCAGCAUGGGACCUUCAAUUAUCAAUAUUAAAAAAGAGUACAGAGAGUCGGAGGAGGAAACCAAAGAGAUUCUACGCAAACUUGAGAGAGAUAAUUUCAUAGAUGAUCCCAUUCUAAGAAGUGAACGGCGGAGUUGCCCAGUACAACUUCCUCUUGCUGUGUCAGGAUGGGGAUUUAAGGAAGAGUUUAAAGUGAAAACUGAGAAAGUAGAAGAGGAGUUGGAACCAAUGGACACAGUACCUGAAGAAAAAGAGGUGGUCAAGAUGCCUGAGGAAACCUUCAGACCCCCUCCUCUCCCCGAGCCAGAGGUUCUGCCAGAUCUGAUGCAUAAAUGGAGUUUGAGCAAAGGAGAGGAGCUUUUCUUUAUGCAACUUCCAGACUCUCUGCCUGGACAACCUCCCACUAAAGAGAGCAAGCCAGUGAAAACAGAAGUGCAAUCUGAAACUGGGCAGUCCAUGCUAAUCAAGACAGAAACACAGGAGGACGAAUCUGAGGAAAAUUGCUGCAGUCUGAAGGAUCUACGUGAGGGUCUAAUAGGAAAGAUGUUGGUGAGGAAGUCUGGGCGAGUGCAGCUUAUAUUGGGACAAGUGACACUUGAUGUGGCUUUAGGGACAACCUGCUCAUUUCUACAGGAACUCGUCUCUGUUGGAACUGAAGGAAAAGGGGGCGACCUGACUGUUUUAGGACACUUAAAACAUAAAAUGCUUGUAAUCGCCGCCAGGGGGACUCCUACAGAUGGUGGAGCUCAGAACAGCGAUGAGGCCAGGCGGAGUUUACUGUCCGCAGACAAAGACCAGGGAUGGGCGAUGAAGCCCCACAAACCCGGAUCUGGACACGUUACAAGAGUUUUUUCUUGA